CGCUCAUCUUUUACACACGCACGCGCACACACGCACGCAGCGGGAUGUAACAGCUGCUCACGCGUUUGCGUUUCUUCAUCUUCCACGCGCAUUAGUAGGCUGCGUCAGUUUACUCGCACGCAUCUGGAUCUUUAAACCCGCGGAAGCGCAUAUGUUUGAGCAUCAGACGCGAAUCCGGAUCAGAAACCGCAGAGAUUCGGUUCACAGGGAGAAACCACCGGUGCGUUUAACGCGCGUCUCUCUCGCGCUCAUCAAAACGCAACGCGCGUCCGAUCGCAAGCGUCUGGGAAUCCUCAAACUUUAAAAGCGAACUCCUCCGUUAGUUCAUCCGGGAUCCGGUCUCAGAAGAGGAGGAGGAGGAUGAUGAAGACGAAGAUGUCCGAGGAAGAGGUUCUGAUCCCGGAUGACCGAGCUUUUAGCCGGUUUAAACACGAGUGUCAAUCCGAGGAAGACUGGAGUCUCAACUACAACAAGAACAACAUCUGCGUCUGGAUCCAGGUUCUGGAGGAGGAGAAGAGCUUACACAGGAUCAAGUGUCGAAUGCUGUGUAAGGACAUCCCAGCUGAGACCAUGUACGAUGUGCUCCACGACAUCGAGUAUCGGCGAAAGUGGGACGCAAAUGUCAUCGAGACAUUCGACAUCGGCAAACUGACGGUCAACGCAGAUGUGGGCUAUUACUCCUGGAAGUGUCCUAAACCGCUGAAGAACCGUGAUGUCAUCACCCUGCGCUCCUGGCUGCCGAUGGGCAACGAUUACAUCAUCAUGAACUACUCCAUCAAACACGCUAAAUAUCCUCCUAAGAAGGAUCUGGUGCGAGCCGUUUCCAUCCAGACGGGAUACCUGAUCCAACGCACCGGCCCCACCAGCUGCACCUUAACAUACCUGGCACAGGUGGACCCGAAAGGUUCUCUUCCCAAGUGGGUUGUUAACAAGUCUUCCCAUUUCUUGGCUCCUAAAGCGAUGAAGCGCAUCAGUAAAGCGUGUCUUCGGUAUCCCGAGUGGAAGCAGAAGCACAGUCCGGGUUUUAAGCCGUGGUUGUUCCCGGAGCAGAACCAGCUCUCCAGCAUCCCGCUGUCCGAACUCUCCAUCCAACACGCUGAAUCACUGGAGAACAUCGACGAGAGUUCACUCAGCGAGAGCAAAGACGAGCGCGCUGAGCACAGCGACGACGAGGGGAACAACUGACACACACACACACACACACACACACACAUAUAUACACACACACACAGCCCAUUGAAGUGCUAAAUCCAGAUUAUGAUUAAUUUGGUUACACAGAUGUAAAUGAUUUUGAGUUAUGGUUAUGAUUUCUGACCCCUGACCUUAUGUAUGCAUGCAGUUUUUCUCUAGACCCACAGCGCCGACGUCGAUCUGCUGUACGGCACUAGAGUUCAAUGAAUGAAUGAAUGUAGUAACGAAGAAUUAAAAACAAAUUACUGCCUGUGUUUUUGGAGCUCUGCCAUGUGUCUUCUGUUUAUUAUAACAAAACCUGCCAGAGAAAGAGUCGGCAGCAAAACUAAAGUUAUUUUAGUG